GUUUUCCGGAGGACUUACUACGUAUUAAAAAAAAAAAAAAAAAAAUGGAUUUGAUAAAAAGAGUUCCAUUCGAAGAAGAACUGAAAAAAAAUCCAGAACUUAAAGAAGCAGAUCUCCAAAGUUUGCGAGAAUGGUGCGAAAAACAGCCCCAUCUGCCGAAAAUGUUGGACAGUGAGCUUGUUCUGUUCCUACACAGUAAUUAUUACCGGAUUGAACCGACUAAAACAACAAUUGAUACCUUUUACACGGCGAGGACUCAUGUUCCAGAGUACUUUUCUAACAGAGAUCCGGUAGCAAACAAGGAACUCCGUCAUAUGUUUGAAACUUCAGCUUACAUGCCGUUGCCGGGAGAAACAUCAGAGGGCUUCAAAAUAAUCUAUGGGCGCCUGAUAAACUAUGAACCGUCGGCUUACGUAUGGAACGACGCUAUGAAGUACUGGAACAUGGCGAUGGAUCUCUGGAUGUACACCGAAGGUACCAUGAAAGGCCAUAUAAUUGUCAUAGACUUGGCGGGCCUCGCUUUGGGCCACACUACGCGGCUCAGUCCCAUGGGGCUCAAGAAAUUUUUCUAUUAUCUUCAAGAAGGUCUUCCUGUUCGUCUAAAAGGGUUCCAUUUUUUGAACUCUAUCCCAGUUAUGGACAUCAUUAUGGGAAUGAUGAAGCCAUUUUUGAAGAAAGAGCUCAUGGAUAUUCUUCAUAUUCACACCAAUAAUGAAACAGCAAAAAAAUAUCUUCCUCUCGAAAUUUUACCAAAUGAAUCCGGUGGAAAUGCUGGAUCCUUUAUGGAACUCCAUAAAAAACACUUAAAAAGAUUAGAAGAUCAUCGUGAUUUCUUCCUGGAAGAAGAAAAGUGUCGUCGUAUUGACGAAUCAUUGCGUCCAGGAAAAGCUAAAAGUGCUACUGAUCUUUUUGGUGUUGAAGGAAGUUUUAAAAAACUUGAUAUUGAUUAAAAUUUCAUGAUGAUUAUUAAUUACUAUCAGUUCACACCGGCUUCGCACGGGUAUUUAACAAAAAUUUAAAAAUAUAACAUAGCCUAUGUCACCCGGGAAUAGUGUAGCUUCCCAACAAUUAAAGAAUUUUUCAAAUCGGUUUAAUAGAUUCGGAGUCUAUUCAAUGUAGACAAAUAAACAAUCAAAUCUUUCCUCUUUAUAAUAGGGACCGAGCGUCUAGACUGUCACGCCAACUGAUGAUAGAAAUUAAGCUAAUGGGCAAAAAUUUUAAACAUGUGAUUUAAUGUUGAUUUAUUUUAAAUUCAUAAAUUGUUCGAAAUUUUUUCAACUAUAGAGUUUUGAUAUAUCACGACCUACAUAAAUAUAUCAAGUCGGAACCGGCAAUUUCAAGGCAUAUCAAGCUAGCAGUGGCAGAGCCCAUCUUGGACGGUCAUUAUUAUUAAUUUCUCGGAAUCUAAACAAGCAACAAUAUUCUAAAUAGAGCAACUAAUUAACAACAAAUUUAGCACCACAAAUAAAUUUUGUUGCUUGAAUAAUAAGUCAAUACCUGAUGGAUGAGUCCAUGCUAGCUUGAUAGACCUUCAAAUUGACAAACUUGUGAAAUUUUAUUAUUUUUACGGAAGCCUGGUUGGCUCAUCGAUGACUUAUAAGAAAGUGGCGCUACACUCGCUUAUUGUUUACAUGGUAUUGGGAAAUCAGCCGGGGGCGUGGCUUCUCCUAGCGGCAAAAGCAGUUACUACUGUAAAACGCAUUUUU